AUUUUUGUAUGUCUAAAAAGCGAUGUGUAUGUCUAAAAAGCGACAUAAAUUCUUUGCCAUGUCGAUUGGCAAAACGCAUAAGAAACCGACUCAAAAGCGUUCGAGGACUGGUUGCUAAGCGAUAAACAUUACUUCCGGGUAUAUUUUCCCUGCGUUCGUCGAAGACGAAACUUGGAGAGAUCUGACGUGUGGCGUCUUGCAACAAAUCGUAUGUGAGUGGAAAUGGUGUUUUAGUUCCGAGUUCGCUGAAGUGCAGGCACCGGCUCUAGAAUAGAUUUUGUCCGCGUUCGUGAACUUGUAUUGCAGCUUCUUUGAUGUUGCAAAUGAUCGUUAUAAAAAUUUUCCCCACCUUUAAUUCCCGUGAAAGGGAAUGAGUAGAAGCGCGGAAAUAUGAAGAUUUGUCAAACGUUCCAGACAGCUUUAGGCGAAGCAUUAAGUGAACGUUGAAUGAAGUUUUUGUAAAAAAUUGUCAAUAUUGAUUAUUUUAUUCUGGCCAUUGUUGAACUGAUUUGUCUAGCAAUGGUUAAUGACACUGAAUGUGAUAAGGCAUCUUAUGUCAACCUGAUAAGAGAGCAUUCAGAAGACUCUGAAGCUGAAAAAGAUUUUGGAGAACGAGUUCGGACCUACAUUGAUGGACAGAAAUGGAUUCGAAAACCAUUUGCAUUAGCACCGCCUGUGUGUGCUCAAUAUGGGUGGAAGUGCAUAACUUCAGAUAUGCUGGAAUGUGUAACCUGCCAUGCCAAACUCUCUGUGUGCCAUCCUGAAAUUACGAAAUAUGAAGCAUACAAAGCUUGUAUUGAUGGAAUUUUGAAAGAUUUGAAAGAAAAACACAAAAAGCACUGUCCUUGGCCAUUAACCCCUUCUUCAAAUACCUUAUUAAAAAUAAUUCAAAUGCCAAAAGAGGAAGCCUUGCAACAAUUCCUUAAGCGUUUAAAAUCUUCUUUAAAUUAUGAAUAUUCUCUUCCUCAGGUGAAGGAAUCUGCAGUUUCAGAAUUGGGCCUUGAUGAUAUAUCCAUGUCAUCUUUAUGUAAAAUAGCUGAAAUAAAUGCUGAUGAUAUUAAUAGAAUAGGCAAGUCUCUUGUCUGCUUGGCUGCUACUGGAUGGUCAGUGACAUCUGAAAAUAAAAAUGCAAAAAAAGAAUACAUUGCUUGUACUAAUUGCCAGCGUGUAGUAUGGGUGCACUGCUACAAUUCAAUUAAUUCAGCAGGCCAUCAAGAAAAAAGUGAAAUAAAUAGUUGUGUUGAAGAAGAUGAUUUAUCAGAUAUCUCAGAAAAUAAAGAUAUUGCUGAAAAGAAUGAAAGUGAUGAACCUCCUUUAAAGAAAAGAAAAAGUUUGCUUGUGAGUCUAUUUUUGCUAUUGAACUAUGCUCAGGAGCUAUUAUGUCAAUAA